AGUAGCUUGACGUGUUUCAAGGUGUAUGAGAAUUGCGUAGAUUAAGGCAAUGACUUGUCGAAGUUCAGGUUUUAAAAAUCUCCAACUAUUAUUCCCUGUCUUCUUUUCCAAUCAAGAUCCAGCUUUUUUCCAAUAAUCAUACUUACAUUAUUCUCAAAAAUGUAAAAAAAACCCCAAAAAAUGGGUUUCACCCAAAUUGUACAUAAGUCUGUGAUCUGUUUCAGGACUGAAGGCACGGGUCCGGAGAACAAAGGUGUAAGAAUCCUGUCUACUCAAGACAUCACCGUGUACUGUGUGAACAAAGAACAGUUCACAACAGACGCAUACGUGGCUCUUCCCGUGAACGUGGUCGGCCAGGAGUACUACGCCAUGUGCUACAUCUCCAACGCCCAGAUUCUCCUGAUCGGUGUGAGUGACUCCACAAGUGUCACCGUCAAGCUCUCAGACAACAGUAGAACUGGCAGCGCAAAAUCUGUGUCAUCGGUGUCUAUCAGCUACGGCGGUAGUACCUAUGGCAACGGCCAGAGCUUCAGUUUCACUGUCAAUAGAUACCAGACGUGGUUUGUGACCCAGUGGGUAGACACCAGUUCUGAUCUCACCGGCUCUUACAUCACCUCGAAUAAGCCGAUCUCCUGCAUCAGUGGAAAUUACCGGUCGUGGAUUCCAAAGGGCACCAGCUCUUCCGAUCAUCUCACUGGUAAGUAUUUUUGUUUCAAAUUUUCUUCGGUCAGAUGUUCAUAUUAUGUACUUCAACUAAAAAUGCUUCCGUCUGUGGACACCUGGGGCAAGGAGUUUGUGACGGUCAGUACACCAGAUCGCUCCAUCGGAGACUUGUUCCGGGUUGUGUGUGCGGAGGACAACACAGCGGUCAACUUCGGUAACGGCCGGCAUACGUUCACCCUGUCCAGGGCUGGGGACUUCAGAGAGCAAAUAACAAAACUCACUUCUGCCCGGUCCUCCCCCAGCUCUUCCUCCUGGUCGUCUGUGACUGGCAGCACCACGUGGCAGCAGACGUGGCUGUACGUGAACCCAGGCAGUCACAACCUGUACCACUCUGACCCCACGGUGACCUUUAUGGCUCUGGCUACGGGGACAGAGCAAUACAACAGCUACGCCUUCAUAGCCGGGACAAGGAUGGCUCAGAUCAACACUGUGUGUGUUCCCACAUCUCCCACGCCGGGUGACACAGUGGAUAACGACUGUGAUGGCAGGAUAGACGAAGAGGCGCUCAACAGCUUGGAUGAUGAUGGAGACGGUGCGAUUGAUGAAGAUCUUGCCCUGCCACCAAGAGUUGACGGCAACUGGGGCCAGUGGACUAGUUAUGGCUCGUGCUCAGUAUCCUGUGGCGCCGUUGGUACCAAGGUGAGGACUAGGGCCUGUGAUGACCCCGCCCCCCAGAACAACGGAGAGGAUUGUCAGGGCUCUGGCAGUCAGUCACAGAGUUGUGACAUGACAGGAACGCCCUGCCCGGUGAACGGUGGGUGGACCAACUGGUCUGGCUGGACUUCCUGCUCGGUGACCUGCGGGACUGGAGAUCAGUUCAACUACCGAUCGUGCACCAACCCGGCCCCUGCUCACGGGGGUAGCGACUGCUCUGGCGUGGACACUCAGACAAGAUCAUGUGACACAGGUGUCUCUUGCGCUGUUCACGGCGCCUGGGGUACCUGGGGUGCGUGGAGCGCCUGCUCAUUGUCGUGUGGAGGAAUCGGUACCGUGGAGAGAACCAGAGUCUGUGACAGACCCGCUCCUCUGCAUGGUGGUAACUACUGCCCAGGUAGUGAUACCAGCACGGAUACAUGUGACAUGUCUUACCAGCUAUGCCCCAAUGGUAACCCAUGGCAACCGUUGUUUUUCUCCCCUCCUACUGUGGCACCAGUUGACGGUGGAGUGAGUCCCUGGGGCGCCUGGCAGAAGUGUACAGUGACGUGUGGGGGCGGGACCACAAUGAGGCAGAGAUUCUGCAACAACCCAGUGCCCAUGGGACAGGGGGCUCAGUGUUCCGAGCCACUCAUUGAGGAGCAGAUGUGCAACAAACAAGCCUGUUCUGCUAAUGGAGGCCUCUUCGACUGCAAGAACGGCAUCCAAUGUAUUGACAUCAAGCUGAAGUGCGACUGUGUGCCUCACUGCUUGGACUUCAGUGACGAAGAGAUGGCAUAUGCUGGCUGUGUCAUGGACCUCCUAGACUGCUUUAGUGGAGCUGGUUUCAAAGAUCUCAAGGUCUCACUCGGUGUGGCUGCUCUUGUAGCAUCACUGACAGUCUUCCGAAUGAUCUAUGUCACAGCAACAUCAGCAUUAGCUACAACAGCUACAGCUGUUGAAAUGGCAAGAGUCUCAGGUAUUGGCUCAGAUGCCGCAUUACCUUCCUCGCAGUCGCAAACUUAG